CGGUCCAAUCGCAGACAGGAGAACUGCCUCUGUCUUGACAACUUUUUCCCCAUCACUUCCGGGCUGAUAACAAGGGCCAUACAUGCCCGCAGAUUUCCACUAAAAUCUCUUAGUUUGAUGUAUACAUUGGCACCAUUGCUUUGAUGUUUGGGCGUGACAUGAUGACAAAAGCCAGCAAAUGAUUUUGGUGUAUUGACGAAAUUAUUCCAAGAGCCGCGAGAAUAGCAGGCGAGAAAGAGCACACCUGUAAUGCCGGGCUGAUGAUGGUGAUGCUAACGUCGAUAGCAUUUGAUAGGCGCUGUCUUGCGUCCCUCCACCUGUCUGGCAGUGUUAAAGUAACCUGACUCUUCUACCGAGCAGCAUCUGUUAGUCCAAGCAGAUCCACCAAAGGGACCACCAGUGCAUGACAAGGAACACAACCAGUCUCCAAAAGAAGUAUCUGGGUGUGUCCCUCACCCUUCCUGCCCUGCCCACCUCAACUGACUCCACCCCCUGACCCUUGAACCCUGACCUGCAAGAUGAAACUGAAAGAGGACAUGAACCCGCUGCUGCUGCAAGUCUUCCGCUCAGUGGUCUGGGUCUGCUCUUUCAUUACCUUCCUGCCAUGGUACUUCCUCUCGGGUGCCGGCACCAACCUAGACCGGGCACGGCGGGUCAAGGCGCGGUCGGUGAGUGGGCGUCCAGCGGGCCCUUACCGGGCGACCAACCAAGCGGGCGGUAUCCAUCAGAAGCUGGUGUGGUCCUUGCACCUGGGGGUGGACACCCUGGACAAGGUGAUGGUGCACGGGGCGACCAGGUUCCCAGAGAGGGACUGCCUGGGCACCAGAGAGGUGUUGAACGAGGAGGACGAGCUCCAACCCAACGGGAAGGUCUUCAAGAAGGUUAUCCUAGGGGAGUAUCAGUGGAUGUCGUACGAGGAGACCUACCAGGCAGCAGUGUGUUUUGGCAGUGGUCUGGCUGCGCUGGGCCAGAGGCCUCAGUGUAACAUCGCCAUUUUCUGUGAGACCAGGGCUGAGUGGAUGAUAGCAGCACAGGCCUGCUUCAUAUACAACUUCCCAUUGGUGACGUUGUACUCUACUCUGGGCGGAGCGGCCAUCGCCCACGGUCUCAAUGAAACAGAGAUCACCCACAUCAUCACCAGCAAAGACCUGCUACACAGCCGUCUCAAGGCGAUCCUGUUAGAGGUGCCUCGGCUGCAGCACAUUAUUGUGGUGGACAGUAAGCCAACCAGCUGGCCUGGCUUUCCCCGCGGCAUCAUGGUCCACAACUUGGUCGCCGUGCAGGAGCUGGGCUCUCGACCCGACAACAUGGCGGUGGCACGCCGGCAGCCCCUGCCCUCUGACAUCGCUGUCAUCAUGUACACCAGCGGCUCCACCGGCAUCCCCAAGGGUGUGAUGAUCUCCCAUAGCAACAUCAUCGCGGGCAUCACGGGCAUGGCAGAGCGCAUCCCAGACCUGGAUGAGACAGACACCUACAUUGGGUACCUACCGCUGGCUCAUGUUCUGGAGCUCAGUGCAGAGAUGGUGUGUAUCUCUCACGGCUGCCGCAUCGGAUACUCCUCCCCACAGACGCUAGCAGACCAGUCGACAAAGAUUAAGAAGGGCAGUAAAGGAGACACCAGUGUUCUGAAGCCUACACUCAUGGCUGCUGUACCUGAAAUCAUGGAUCGCAUCUAUAAGAAUGUGAUGACCAAGGUGGAGGAGAUGAGCAGUGUGCAGAGAACCCUGUUUGUGUUGGCCUACAACUAUAAGAUGGAACAGAUGACCAAGGGCUACAGGACCCCGCUCUGUGACAGUCUGGUGUUUAGGAAGGUGCGCUCGUUGUUAGGAGGUCACAUGCGGGUGCUGUUGUCGGGCGGCGCGCCCCUUUCUGCCGCCACACAGCGCUUCAUGAACAUCUGCCUCUGCUGUCCCGUGGGCCAGGGCUACGGCCUCACUGAGACCUGCGGAGCUGGCACCAUCAGCGAGAUGUGGGACUACAGCACAGGCCGGGUCGGAGCUCCUCUGGUCUGCUCUGAGAUCACCCUCAAGGACUGGGAAGAGGGCGGUUACUACAGCACAGACAAGCCCAACCCAAGAGGUGAGAUUGUGAUCGGCGGGCCCAAUGUGACCAUGGGUUACUACAAGAACGAGGUGAAGAACCGCGAGGACUUCUUCGUGGACAGCAACGGCCAGCGCUGGUUCUGUACGGGAGACAUCGGGGAGCUCCACCCUGACGGCUGCCUCAAGAUCAUCGACCGUAAGAAGGACCUGGUGAAGCUCCAGGCUGGGGAGUAUGUGUCUCUGGGGAAGGUGGAGGCCAUGCUGAAGAACUGCCCUUUCGUAGACAACAUCUGUGCUUACGCUAACAGUGACCAGUCAUAUGUGAUUGGCUUUGUGGUGCCUAAUCAAAAGCAGCUGACAGUGCUGGCGGAGCAGAGAGGGUUACGGGGCAGCUGGGAGGAGAUCUGUAACAACCCUGACAUGGAAAGAGACGUCCUCCGCAUUAUCACCGAGGCCGCCCUGUCAGCCAAACUUGAGCGCUUUGAGAUCCCUAAGAAGAUUUGUCUUAGUGCAGAGCCCUGGACCCCAGAGACUGGCCUGGUUACGGACGCAUUCAAACUCAAACGUAAGGAGCUCAAAUCACAUUACCAGGAUGACAUCGAAAGGAUGUACGGUGGCAAGUAACACACACACACACACACACACUCUCUAAGACACACACAGGUAAAGACAUAUGCAAGGAAUCUAAAAAACACUACCACGAUGACAUGGAGACUGGAGAGGAUGUACGGCGGCAAGUUAAACACACACACACACAGAGGGACAGAGGAGGAACGACCCAUUGUACUUCCUCAACCUCUUGACUUCCCUUCCGACUAGUUACAAUCAAACGGAAAAUAACUCAAUCAGUCAAAAAUCAGUCAAUCCAGACCCCCAACAAAGACGGAGAGGCCAAGCCAGUUGGAGUGACAUCCGUUGCUUCUCUUCUUCAAAGGUUUUUCUGGGUCUGUGUGUUGCUAUGAUGACGAUGGCAUCGUUGACAUGACCCGGCGAAGACACAGGAAAUUACAAGUUUGUACAAAAGACUGCUUCGGGCACUAUGUCCAUGCCCCCCCGCCAUGUGUGUAGUCCAGACACCCGAUGGGAGACUGGUUUGUUGUUGUGUUACUGUGGCCUGAGUCGUGUUCGGAAGAAAACUGACAAACGGAACGACUACCUAAACUUGUCCAAUAAGAAACACUUGUUUUCCGUUGCAAAAUGUUUUGUUACAGUAAACACCAAUGAAUAUGACCCUGAAAAAGGAGGCCCUUCGGUUUAAAUGUCCCAUAUCCAGGUUUGAGUCUAUGCAGGGAUCUCUUUUCUUGUAUAUGUUUUUUUUGGGGUGUAGUGAUAUUUGUUGUUCUGUUCAUGUUUCAUUACGGUUCUUUAACUUAUACGGUUUGUCUUCAUUCGCUUCCGAAGCCCAUUCAAUGAACAUCCUGUGUCUGAGAGAAAUCAAGUGUUUCAAAGCCAUGACAUUUUUUUUUAAGCAACUCGCGUUCUUAAUUAGCUUUUCUUAUAUUUUUCUGAACGGUUUGUUUCUCAUUUAUAUUGUUUUUUCUCCUGGUUCUAUUCUAUUUCUCUACCGGUUCUAUUCUAUUUCUCUACCGGUUCUAUUCUAUUUCUCUGCCGGUUCUAUUCUAUUUCUCUACCGGUUCUAUUCUAUUUCUCUGCCGGUUCUAUUCUAUUUCUCUACCGGUUCUAUUCUAUUUCUCUGCCGGUUCUAUUCUAUUUCUCUACCGGUUCUAUUCUAUUUCUCUACCGGUUCUAUUCUAUUUCUCUACCGGUUCUAUUCUAUGGAAGAGUAUGUGUUUAGUGAUUUGACUAGAUGAAGUCCUGUCACUCUUUUUUUCUGUGUGUUAGUGAUGUAAUCUCCUUCUGGCUCUGUUCCUCUGUGGCUGGCUGAUGUGAUGUGUCUAGGUCGUAGAACCUGUUUGGCAUAAAUAAUCAGUGUUGGGGAAACUACUCUGAAAAUAUAGUUUACCAAGUUACCAAUUACUUCAUACUGGAAGAAGGAUACACUAAAGCUACCCUUCAGAAAACUAUUUCAGUUAGGUAGAAUAUAGUUAACUGCAUAUCUAAAUCUGAAAUGUCAGUGACUACAAAUGGUAAGACAGAUCACUCUGGAGUCAGAUGUUAACAGAAUGUGUAAAUUAGCCUAUUAAAAACAAAAACUGUUUCAAGGGAUAAUUAGGCAGAUCUGAUGCUGAAAAAGAAAAAGAUUUUCUACUUCCACCAUACUACAUUUUUUGUGAAAAUAAAUUAUGUAGCCUAGUUCCAGUACAGCUACACCACUACAUGGCAAAAAAGUAAUGAACUACUGAAAACACUACCUACAUUUGAAUUUAGUUCACCACUAAGCUACUGCAAAAUGCUGUUAAAUUACUAGUUAAACUACAUGUAGUUCACUUCUCCCAAACUCUAUGAAUAAUGUAGUCUGAUCCUCUGACUAUUAUUGGGAUGCAUGAGUUAACCAGAGCAAGAAGAACUGAUCUGGGACCAGGUUAGUAAUGAUGGUGAAGUGUCCCAAGGUGGCUACAGGGAAGUAGAAUGAAGUUGCCCCCAAAGCUAAGUUUUUCUUGUCUCCCCUGUGGUUGUGGUUAGGUUGUGGAGAGGAUAAGCUGAUCCUUGAUCUGUGCCUAAGGGCAACUUGUCAUCAUGGGCUGUCAAUCCUACUGAGGCUCUCAUUUCUAUCACUUAACCAGCAGGGGCCAGUAUGUAAAUAUGUAUGUGUGUAUAUAUAUAUAUACAGUUAAAGUCGGAAGUUUACAUACACCUUAGCCAAAUACCUUUGAACUAAGUUUUCCACAAUUUCUGAUAUUUAAUCCUAGGAAAAAUUCCCUGUCUUAGGUCAGUUAGGAUCACCACUUUAUUUUAAGAAUGUGAAAUGUCAGAAUAAUAUUAGAUCGAAUGAUUGAUUGAUUGAUUUCAUCACAUUCCCAGUGGAUCAGAAGUUUACAUACACUCAAUUAGUAUUUGGUAACAUUGCCUUUUUAAAUGGCUUAUUUUGGGUGAAUUUUGGCCCUUCCUUCUGACAGAGAUGGUGUAACUGAGUCAGGUUUGUAGGCCUCCUUGCUCAUACACGCUUUUCAGUUCUGCCCACAAACUUUCUAUAGGAUUGAGGUCAGGGCUUUGAUGGCCACUCCAAUACCUUGACUUUGUUGUCCUUAAGCCAUUUUGCCACAACUUUGGAAGUAUGCUUGGAGUCAUUGUCCAUUUGGAAGACCCAUUUGCGACCAAGCUUUAACUUCCUGACUGAUGUCUUGAGAUGUUGCUUCAAUAUAUCCACAUCAUUUUCCAGUGUAGUCAUUGUUAAUGUUGUAAAUGACUAUUGUAGCUGGAAACGGCAGAUUUUGUUAAUGGAAAAUCUACAUAGGCGUACAGAGGCCCAUUAUCAGCAACCAUCACUCCUGUGUUCUAGCGGCACAUUGUUAGCUAAUCCAAGUUUAUAAUUUUAAAAGGCUAAUUGAUCAUUAGAAAACCCUUUUGCAAUUACGUUAGCACAGCUGAAAACUGUUGUUCUGAUUUAAAGAAGCAAUAAAACUGGCCUUCUUUAGACUAGUUGAGUAUCUGGAGCAUCAGCAUGUGUGGGUUCGAUUACAGGCUCAAAAUGGCCAGAGACAAAGAACUUUCUUCUGAAACUCGUCAGUCUAUUCUUGUUCUGAGAAAUUGCCAAGAAACUGAAGAUCUCGUACAACGCGGUGUACUACUCCCUUCACAGAACAGUGCAAACUGUCCCUAACCAGAAUAGAAAGAGGAGUGGGAGGCCCCGGUGCACAACUGAGCAAGACGACAAGUACAUUAGAAAGUCUAGUUUGAGAAACAGACGCCUCACAAGUCCUCAACUGGCAGCUUCAUUAAAUAGUACCCGCAAAACACCAGUCUCAACGUCAACAGUGAAGAGGCGACUCCGGGAUGCUGGCCUUCUAAGUGACCCCAAACUUUUGAACAGUAGUGUAUAUAUAAUAAUGUCUAAACGUACAGCUAGGGGUGUGUGUGGUUUGUGCGUGUGCUGAUGUUUGGGUUUGUUUCUCUGUGUGUGUGUGCACUUACUGCCCUGAGCUUGUUCCAAGUUCCCAAUUUUUCUGAAGCCCACUGGAUGCCCACUCACAUGAUCUGUGUCAGUCUGUUACCUUUCAACGUUUUCUCCAGUAAAACAAUGGUACCUACCUACACCGUAUGCUGCUCAACCAGGUCUGUAGCUCCAUAAACCAUAUCACAUGAACUAUCUGGCUCUGUAAACCACAAAACCGUGUAAAACUGGCUCAAACCUGCCAUGUUACUCCUGAAAAGGAUGUCCAAUGUAACUCAAGCAUGUCUCCAAGAGAACCAAUGAAUUGUAGUCCAGAUCUGUAGUUGUUUGGAAGACUGUGUGUCAUACACUGGCACUGUCUACUCCAUUGGACCCUUCUGAUAUUACAGUAAUACAUCCUCCUAUUUCUAUGUUACAGCUCUGUUACUAUGAUUGAUGAAAUACAGAUGAAAUGUGCAAUACUUAUACGAAACACAAAUUCUAAAACUAAAUGAUGUAAUGGAAAAAUGCAGAGAGAGAGAGAGAGCCCCUCCACAGUGUAUGAAUGUAUGGGUGCGGGCCUGUCUCUUUGCAGACAGACAGAAGGGCAGACAGUAAACAUUGUUAUACAAGUAGUAGCGUAGUCUCUAUGGAGUGAUAUUAGUGCCAACAGAAAUGUAAUCUGAAUUCAAUCAUUUUAAAUGUAAUCAAAUUUGUUGGCACUAUUAUGACUAAAUACCAAUUUUUCUGGAUUGUGAAAGUACUGUGCUGAUGACGAUACCCAAUUAUAUUGGGAACUCUGUAGUGAAGACUAAUAUUUUGGCCUUAAAUGUUGUGAAUGUAAAAGAAAAGAGACACUAAUCAGGUUUCCAUCCGAGCUUCUUAUGCGAAUAAAGUAGGUCAGAUAAAAAAUGUCACGACAAGCCUGAUGGAAACAGGAAAUUUGCAAAUGUUGACACAACUAAAUACUUGCGUGGGAACUUUUUGUGUCAAACUAAUUAUGGCGGUGGAAACGCCUUUAUGCGCAAAUAUUGAUAUAAUAACCAUGUCUAAGUAAACUUGGAGUCGUGCAAUGGAAUGUUGUGUGGUCCUCCCACUACGACUUGGAAAAGCAUGCCGUUUAUUAGGCUACAGAUGAAAUAAGUUAUGAUGAACUUCACAGGGUGGUGAAAGUGCACAGUGAUGAGCUUGAUGCUCUUUUCCAAUAAAUAUUGAGCAUCUUAUUCUUGUGACUUGAUUAUCGAUGACUGGCUGCCAUUCGACAAAUAAAAAUAACCUCACUCUUUUGUCCCUAAUAAUCUCAUGUGUAGGCUAUACCCGCACUUUAUCUGCAAGCUGUUGUUUAGAGCGCAAGUGCCAAGCCCAGUGUGCGCAUUCACCCUAUAAUGCAACAUUUAUUGUGACAAAACCAUCAGUACAGUUUAAAAUGCAAUGGAUUUUUAAAUAUUUUUUAUGUACACUAUGUCGUCACGCACAGCCUUUUGUCUACAACAAGUCAAUUUGAUGGAAACACUGGUGGGAAACUGUACAUCUUUUUAUGCAGAUUUUAGAAUAUUUGCAUGAAAAUCUGUCACUAAUUGGAUACAACUUUUAGCUAAUGAUGAAGAAAAAGGUACUGCAGGUGAACAGUGAUUUGGGUUACAUGAUUCCUUGUGAAUAUAUUUACAUUAGUUUUAUCGAUAAGGCCAACUUUGAUUAGGUAUUUGUCAAGUUAUUUUGGAUACGCACAUCAAAGGUAUGUCAGACAUCCUUCCCCAAAAGGACCUUUCUAUGGAUUUAAUUUCAGGAAGAUCAAAAACAUCAUACAUAUCUUUGGGUCAUAUGUAUAGGCUGCCAUAUUGUAUCUGUUGUCUGCAAAUGAAUUACUGUGUUUGAUUUGUGCAAUGUACAGUCUAGGAGACGAACAACUUGGGUAUUCAAUAUUUUGUCAACGGCUGUACAUUUUGAAAUGUAUUGACUUACAUUUCUUGUAUUUGGGAUUGUAGGCGAUUUUAAAAAUAUAUUUUUAACAAGGGUCAAUAACACUAGUGGUUAUCCUUAGUCUCAACUGGAGUCUUCAGCUGUCCCAAUUAAACAUUUCAUCACUUGAUUUGUCAACAAUUCUGGGCAAAUAAUAUUGUGAAGUCCAAAGACAGUUUAGUCUGGUGAAUUUGAAUGAUUUCUACUCGUUAUCUGUGAACACAGCUCUGGUACACUCACAAAUCCACUGAUAGUAUGAACAAAGUCAAAGAAAGUCCCCUUCUCAGAGGUUUGAUAUCGCUUGGAAUAUAUCAGCAUUCAAACACUCCCCUGUUUUGAGUCUAAAAUACUGCUACUGUUUACGAAUGGGGAACCCAGAUUCAGGCUAGUUCCCUUCUUACAUUUCCUGAUAUUUCCUUCUCUGGACAUUUCAUUGGUUCAUUGUAUUCAACUCCCAACCAGUCGAUCCAGUCCGCUGCUCUGCUAUCCCAUACCAGCCUACAAUUGGUGGGUUGUCUUGUUACACGGGUCCGAAGAUUUCUACAUGGUUCAUAGGAAUAUACAAAGUGCUUUGUCCGAGUGUUUGUCUCUGAGGAUACACGUGUAUAUACAUAAUGUGUCCUAGUAGUGACGUCAUCCACAAACUACUUUGGCAUCCUUCGGUACAUCAGUGUGGUGUACAGAUGAAUUUGACCACUCCUAUUGUUUCUCGUACUGUAAAUAUGUUGGGAGGGGAAGGGUUAAUAUGAUCAAAGCUUUUGAAAAUAUACCAGUUGUACAGGUGUAAUACCUCUGUUGUUGACCAGUUUUUAGGGUCUUUAUCAUUCUCCUUUUGUGUGGGUUACUGGCCUUUUCACAAGUGUCUCGUUGCUUAUUUAUUUGUAAUUUGACCUUGUCAAGGAAAUACAAGUUUGUGAUUGGUAUAAAAAUGAUCAUAUUUGUAUGUGUUCCGUUUCAUUCAUAGUUAUGGGGAUUAUAUAGAUUCUUGUGGGUGUCUUUUUGAAUGAUUCUGUACAUGUAUGUAUAACACCUGUACAUUCCAUCACAGACAGUGACCCUUACAACGGUCCUAAGGUUAGGAGAAUUAAUGUAGCCGGUUAGGAGAAUUAGGUUAAGGUUAAGAAAAGGGUUAGGGUUAGCUGAAAUGCAAAAGAAAUAUCAACUUUUGAUGUAAAUUUGACAAGCUGGAUCCCUAUUAGCUAUGACCAGCUUGAGUAGAAUUGUGUCUUGAAGCUAGCGUUUCUAUGGCAACGAAGCCCAGGAGGAAGUGUGUUUUUAAAAUAUAUAUAAACUAGGGUACCGGGGAGGAAUUCCUACACCGGAUAUCUUGUUACAGCUGUAAAGUCAUUGAUAAUCUGCCAUUUUUUUUGUAAUUUCAUUAAGUUAUAAGCAGGGUCAUAGCUAUAUUCAAUAAAAUUCACAUUGAUUUAACCCUU